CGCCGCCGCCGCAGCUCAAAAAUUCCCCACCAGAAACCCUCGCCGCCUCGAACCUCCAGGCCGCCGCCCGCAUCGGCGCUGCCGGACGAGCUUUCUGGAGGAGAUUUUCCUCCUCCUACCGCCGGACGAGGCUGAGCACCUCUUGCGCGCCUCCCUCGCCAACAAGUUCUGGCUUGGCCUCCUCUCCGGCGCUCGCUUUCGCGGCCGCUACCGUGAGUUCCAUGGAGCUCCCCCCAUGCUGGGCUUCCUUUAUUCCUGCCACUGGAACUCCCGCCCGAAGAUGAAAGAUAAUAUCCCACACUUUGUCCCCACCACGAAAUUUCGUGCGUGCAUUCCCGACGAUGACUGGGGGGACUGGGAAUAUGAUGCGUGGGACUGCCGCCAUGGUCGUGUUCUCCUUGGCGAUGCAGGCUAUAAACCCAUGACGCUCGUCGUUUGGGACCCCAUGACGGGCUGCCGGAGGGAGCUGGAUGCGCCCGUCCUGGUGGACAAUAGCUAUGGGGCAGCGGUGCUCUGCGCUGCGAGUGGCUGUGACCACAGUACGUGCCACGCAGGGCCCUUCCAGGUCGUCUUCAUCGCUCUGAACAAGACUGAUGCUCAUCAUUGUGUUGCACAGGCGUGGGUGACCUUGCCGGUGACAGGUGACCACAGCAACCCCAUUUUGUUGAGCAUAUACCGUUCUCAUUUUGAUAAGUGGAGCAAUCCAUGCUCCGGCCUUCAUCUUGACUCCGAUGUGUACAUCCACGAAGCGCCUCCUGUCUUCAUCCAAGACACACUUCACUUCAAGCUUUGUAGCUGCGUCGAUGAUCGCCUAGUCGGAAUUCUCAUGUACGACAUAAGCACUAAUUGCUUAUCAUUGAUUGAUAUGCCGCUUGCGGGGUCUAUCAUUGCUGAUGAUGUUAUCCUCAUGGUGAUGGAGGAUGACAGUUUGGGGUUUGCGCAUGUGGGUGGGUUAAUCCUCAAUCUGUGGUCAAGGCACAUGGGUUCUGACGGAGUUGCAUCAUGGACUCAGCGUACAGUCAUCAAUAUCAACGACAUCCUUCCCAUUCGAAAUCCAAAGAAAAGACUUAGGCUGAUUGGAUCUGUGGAAGGCACCGAUAUCAUUUUCGUGACCACGGAUCUUGGCAUCUACAAGAUUAAUCUGAAGUCACUACAGUGGAAGGAGAGAAAAGUUUCAGGUUUUCAUCCCAUACACGAGUUUCUACAAUUCACAAGAAAGGGUGACCCCCAGUGACGCGGCGCAUUAAGAAUGUCUGGUUGAAUAUGUACGAGGCUACACUCAUCAACAAGAUAUGUGACAAACUUGGAGGCAACAUGGGUAUCGCGAAGUCCUGAUGAAUUAUGUCAUCAUUCAGUAACCCUUUUGGUGCAGCGGUGCUUGCUUGUUUUCUCAUGUUGUUGGUAGCUUUUGUCAGUUAGCUCGAUAAUCUCCCGUGUUAGUGGCCGAGUGAAUUGAUUCUUUGUAAUGAACCUCUAAUUUGAUGUACCCUGUUGUAGAAUUUACUUGAAAAAGCAUUUGCAGACAGUAACUUGGUAUUACCAUUUUAAAAACUCUACAGUUUGCCCUGUCCCA